AGAAUAUUUACUGAAUAAGUUGUAAUUUGCUUGAAUCGUCUAAAUUAUGAGCUUGGAACAUUUAUCAAUACGUUUACGAUGUUGGUUUCUACAACAACCGGUUUUAAUUCCUUUAUAUUUGAAAGAAUGUUCAUUUUCCUCUGUUAGAAGGAUAUCUUCUUUAUCUAAUUGUUCUUUGAAAUUAUUUCCAUCAUCUAAAUAUCAAAGAUACUCGGGAAAAUGUUAUUUUAAAAAAAACUGUUCUGUAUGGGGAUUAGGAUUUACCUGGAUAUUAGUAAGUGGUGUGUUUACAUACAUGAAUCAAAAUAAUAAACUUGCUAUUCAAUGCCAAAGUUGCACAGAACAAGAUGUAGCCGUUGAUGAGUCAGAUACUAGUGAUGAAUCCAUUUUCUCCCGUAUGCAUGAGUUUUCUAGUGUAAAACAAGUUGAAAUUGUUAAAGUUUUGGAGACAUUCGAAAGCAAAAAGUUUUCAUGUGAUGUUUGGGAAAAAGAAGGAAUCGUUGGAAAAAGCUGCGUUCUUCAAAAUGGUGAUGUAUUUGAAAAAGCAUGUGUUAAUAUAUCAAAAGUGCGGAAAAGAUUGCCUCCAUGUGCUAUAGAGAAAAUACGAGAGAACCAUGAAUGUUUCAGAAAAGUAGAAAAUGUAAACAUAUUUUCUAUAUGUGGAAUAUCAUUAAUUUUACAUCCCCGUAAUCCAAUGGUACCAAGUGUUCAUAUGAAUUAUCGUUAUAUUGAAGCUGAUGAUUUGAAUGAUUCUUCAAAAGUUUGGUGGUUUGGAGGUGGAUCAGAUCUUUCGCCUUCCUAUCUUUUUGAAGAAGAUGCAGUUUAUUUUCAUCGUACUUAUAAAACAAUUUGUGAUCAUUAUGAUAAGGAAUAUUAUCCCAAAUUUAAAAAAUGGUGUGAUAGAUAUUUCUUUAUUAAGCACCGUAAAGAAUGCAGAGGAAUAGGUGGUAUUUUUUUUGAUGAUCUAAAUGAUAAAGAUCCAGAAGAGAUUUUUUCUUUUGUUAAAGAUUGUCUUAAUGCCUUUUUGUCUUCUUAUAUUCCAAUUGUUUUACGAAGAAAGGAUAUGAAUUUCACAUCUGAUGAAAAACUGUUUCAGCAGAUAAGAUGUGGGAGAUAUGUUGAAUUUAAUUUGUUGUACGAUAGAGGCACCGCAUUUGGAUUAUAUGUCCCGGAAUCUCGUAUUGAAUCAAUACUUGCGUCGCUGCCUUUAACAUCAUCUUGGAUAUAUCAGUAUGAUUUGAAAGACCCUCGCGAAAAACAUUUCACAGAAGUCCUUAAAAACCCAGUUGAAUGGGUAUGAUUAUAAUAUUAGUAGAAAAUAGUUGAUAUAUAAUUAUGAUGUGACU